AAAAGCUUGCUAACUUGUUUUUGCUGUCGGUACUGGUGCGAGUCCCAGGCGCAAUUUCACUAUUUGACUUUGCUUUGUGGUACAAUGGACAUUUUACAUCCUAAUUUACUCGGUAAAGAACAGCUACUGAAAAUAUUUCGUGAGCGUAAUUUCAAAAUACCCCGGCUGGAGGAGUUGAGUCGCGAUGAGUUGAUUGAUCUCUAUGUGAAACAUUUGCUGCCUCAACCACGAAGAGGAGCAGCCUCUAAUUCAAGUUCCUCCACCAGUGUGGGCACCAAUAGCUCCAUACAAUCACCGGACGUGGAAAUGAAAGAUUUGUCUGCUAGUAAUACCCCCAAAAAAUCAAGUUCCACCGCACGGCAGAGGAUUGUCUUCUCAGAUCAAACCCCACAGGCAGUAGAUAAUGUUAGCAACGGGAUGAAGCGGAUUAAACUUAUCACUAGUUCUAAUGGUGCCAGUAGUAGUAUUAGUAGAAGCAAUUCCAUCCAGACGACUACUGCUAGUAAACGGCCUCUUGAGAUUAGUACCAGCAGGACUGGUAGCAACAACGGUGGUAUCAAACUGAAUCCUGCUCCGACAAAGCGUCAGAAAAUAACGUGGCCGUAAUUGAUAUGUUUUAGUUUAUCAAUACUGUAAAUUUGAAGGUAUUAAUGUGUUAGUUUUAGAGCGUGACUGAUUAUUUCUAAUAAAUUUAAACUGCAAUUCGUCUGAAAA